UUGUAACCAGUAAACAGAAGUAAUGAAAAUUGCAAUAGUUAAUAAGCUGAUCUUCUCAGCUUCGAUUUUUCUUUAUUUUUUGUGUAGAUUGACGGUUUCAGGAUUGGAAGAUGGAGUCGGUAAUAUGUCAGAAGAAGAAGUCGGCAGUUGCUGGUACGCUAUUACAUGUAAAUUAGGAGAAGAAGCACAUAAGAAAUCUAUGUCUUGUUCUGAGACUGUUUCAGAAAACGAACUUCUAAAAGCGUUUGAAUGGUACAAAGAAUUCGAUCCUCCAAUUACAUAUAAAUCUGAGAAUGUAGAUGACCGCAUGAGGCAAUUGUGUGAAAGUGAUCCUCAGACACAAGAUAGAUAUUUCCAAUUCUUUAUACAGCGUUUUAUCGAUAUGAUGUCGGAUUACUGUUACAACCCUCUCAAGCAAGAUUUAUGCAAGAGGUGGACUUUAGUAAAAGAAUGUUCUGAAGCCUUAAUUGUAGAAUACUACAGUAGAAAAGAAUGUGUAAAUUUGUGAAUACCCGGCCUUGUAAAAGACUUGUUCAACAUCAAGAAACAUCAAAGGAUGAUUUCACAUAUUCUGUAAAAUUUCAAUAUAAUAUUGGAUAUCUUUGAAGUAAACUUUAAUUAAAUAAAAAUAAAAAUUUUAAAUCAAA